UCCACACCAAGAGGACUAAUCAUGCCAGAAAAUGUGAGCUCCAGAAUGGACACUCCCACCAACAUCUCCCUGGUGGGGUCUGGGGACGCUGUGUCCGAGUCCCUGGAGUAUAAGACUGUAUCUGUGUUCCUGGUGCUGCUGGUGUGUGGCGUGGGCAUAGUGGGAAACAUCAUGAUCGUGCUGGUGGUUCUUACCACACGCCACAUGCGUACACCCACCAACUGCUAUCUGGUGAGCCUGGCAGUGGCGGACCUGAUGGUUCUGGUGGCCGCGGGUCUGCCGAACAUCUCUGAGAGCCUGAUGGCCACCUGGGUGUAUGGGCAUGCUGGGUGCCUGGGCAUCACCUACUUUCAGUACCUUGGCAUUAAUGCGUCCUCCUGUUCAAUCACAGCUUUCACUGUGGAGAGAUACAUCGCCAUAUGUCACCCAAUGAGGGCUCAUACGGUCUGUACGGUAUCCCGAGCCAAACGCAUCAUUGCCGGGGUGUGGGUUUUCACCUGUGUCUACUGUAUGCUCUGGCUCUUCCUGGUGGACAUCCAGGUGAACCCUGACGGUCGUGUUCAGUGUGGCUACCGCGUCUCUCGAGACCUCUAUCUGCCCAUUUACCUUAUCGACUUCGCCAUCUUCUACGUUAUCCCACUGCUUCUGGCCAUUGCUCUUUACGGUCUCAUCGCCCGAAUCCUUUACCUGAAUCCUCUGCCCCACCCAGCAGACUCGGGCACCAUUACCGCCCCCACUCUCAGGAGGAGCUGCAAAGAACCGGUGGAUGCUGGAAAACCAGGUCGUCAGGGACGGCCAAAGAGUGCGCUUUCUUCCCGGAAACAGGUCACUAAGAUGCUGGCAGUGGUGGUUGUGCUCUUCGCCCUGCUGUGGAUGCCGUACAGGACCCUGGUUCUCAUUAACUCCUUUGUGAGCGCACCAUACCUGGACGCCUGGUUCCUGCUCUUCUGCAGGACCUGCAUCUACGCCAACAGUGCGAUCAACCCUGUCGUUUACAACCUGAUGUCGCAGAAGUUUCGAUUGGCCUUCCGCGGGCUGUACCGCUGCCGUAGGGAAGACGUGCACCAGCGGACACUCUCCAUGCUCCAGAGCGGAUACAGCCUAGGAAGAGACCCUCGACUCUGCAGCAACACCAACGGCACCAGAGACACACCUAAAAAAAUCAGUUCAGUCACUCCUGAGCAGAAACAACACAAAGGCAUGGAGAACAAGAAAAAUAUGGACAAGCUAAUUAGCGAUGGUGUAAGAAAUGAGAUUGAUCCAAGCAUCAACAAAAAUGCAGUUAAAAACUGCAACAUAGAUGAAUUGAAAGCCUCAGUAGUCAAGGAGAUGCCUACAGUGGAGAACGUGGACAUGAGCAAGAUUAAUGAUAAUGGGAAAAUAAUGGAGGGAAGCGCUAAUACUACUCAGGAUAUUAUCGCUGACAUGAGCAACACAGAGCAGACACAGCUAGCCUGGGGUGAAGUCCAAUCCACUCCGGGGGAAGCUGAACAGAAUGACACUGAGCUAAAUCACAGCAUUGUAUAGAUCAAUCCACUAUAUAUAUAUAAACAGUUGUUGUUCAUUGAGCCUGGUUGUUCAUUUCAAAACAAGAUCUUGAAUUUGGGAUCUUUUUUGUAUGUACUAACAGGCAUCAUCCUCUCUCUUCAGUGGAGGUGGCAAGACUGUAG